AUGACCACCACCGUCGCCGGUGACUCCCCGUAUACUUACACGCCGGUCGAACACAUUCUCCUCAACUGUGGCUCCUCCGACAAUUCUACAGCAUCAAAAGCUCGGAUCUGGAUUGGAGACGUGAAUUCAAAAUUUCUCAUUCACGAACAAUCACAAAGCCAGUCAUCUCUUACCACUAGCGCAGUUAAACAAGCGCGGACUGUCCCCCGAGUACCUUUUACCGAUGCACGGUUAUCUCUAGCCCCGUUCACCUAUGUAUUCCCCGUCACUGCGGGCCAAAAAUUCGUUCGACUACACUUUCACCCCGCUUCCUACUCUAACUUCAACCGCGCUAACGCCCUCUUCUCUGUCAAAGUUGGUGAUUUUACCGUUCUUCGCAACUUCAACGCUUCACUUAACGCAGAUGCGGAUUCUAAAGAUACCAUAUCCAGAGAAUACUGUGUUAACAUCGAGGAAGGUCAGAGGUUGAACAUAACCUUCACUCCAUCUCUGAGCGUUUCUAAUUCCUAUGCUUUUAUCAACGGGAUUGAAAUCUUGUCGAUGCCUAAUAAUCUCUAUUUCACUCCGGUUGACGAUCAAGGGUUUGAUUUUAUCGGCCUGCAGAACUGGUCCCGCGUCGAUAACAGCACUUAUCUCGAGAUGAACACCGCCAAACCCCGGUACACUGCUCCACAAGGUGUCUAUCGGACUGCCCGAACUCUGGGGAAUGACUCAACUGUCAACCUGAGCUACAAUCUCACCUGGGAAUUCCCCGUAGAUUCUGGGUUUCAUUACCUCAUUAGGCUGCACUUCUGCGAGUUUCAACCCGAAAUUAUUUAUCCUGGGGACAGAACAUUCCGUAUUUUCAUAGCAAAUCACACUGUAGAGAAAGAAGCCGACGUGAUUUCGUGGAGUGGUGGAAAUGGUGUGCCGGUGUAUAAAGACUAUCCCGUUUCAAUGCUGGGUGAUGGAACAGAGAAGAAAGUGAAUCUCAAUGUCGCAAUUGGAGCCGAACCGCAACAGUGGAAGACUUCAUACGUGGAUGCAAUCUUGAACGGUGUUGAAAUCUUUAAAAUCAGCGACUUCAACGGCAACCCCGAUCCACUUCCGCCGGACCCUCCAACUAUUGCGCCACCAGGACAGUCGAAGAACUCGAAAGGGAAUAGAACAAAAAUAAUUUCUGUCGCCGCUGAUGGUGUCGCGGGAUUUAUUGUUCUCUCAUGUUAA